AUGAAGGAGCGUAAGCGAAUUGCUGGCCUGGUCCUGCGUAGCUGGCCUGCAGCCAUCCACGUACCGAACACGAGUGCCGUGGCAACGGAGAAGCGCCGCCAUGAAAUCCGCGAGCAGAUGGAAGAGGGCUUCCUUAGGAGACUUGGGCGCCCCAAGCUCAAGGCUCCCGAGUCUCGCCGGUUCAAGGUGAUCUUCGAGUCCUUGGACGAGCUUCUCCUCCGUGAUUUUCCGUUGGCCGGCGAGGCCACAUGCAAGGCUCUGUUUUGCAGCGCGGAGGAGUUCCCCGAUCGCUCACAGGGGCUUGGCUCCCUGCUGCGCGGCCACAGUACGCUUGAGUCCAAUAUCAGGACACAUGAACUGGCCGCCGCCCUUCUCUCAUCGUUGUCUGAGCUCCAUGCGCAGCUCGUCUCCUUGAAGGCUGCGGAGUCGGAGGACCUCACCGAGUGGACGCAAUGGCACACGCCCGUAAUGAAACGUCGCGCAGCGCGUAUGUCUGACAGUGGCCCUGGUGGACGUGAUGCCGACCCGCCCGACACGUUGGCAGAUUCGGCCCCCGAGCCAGUUCCCCAACCCAUCUCGCAGGUUCAGGCGGAUCAGGAACCUUCGCGGCCAGUGCGGCUGCCGAACAUCGUGAGCGCACAGUGUUCCGGAGGCUCCGGAGGCUCCGGAAGCUCCGGAGGCUCCGAGACGUUGGAGCUCAAGAUAGAGAAGAUAGAGAAGAUAGAGAGAUUAGCAGUAAGAAGAGCAGCCAUCGCGGUGGUCGCAGCCGACUUCGGGAAAGAGCUCCCGGCGAUCCAAGCUGGGCCCGGGACGAGCGGGAGCGGGAGGGCUCGAGCUCCCAGGGCUCCAACGUCAAAUGCAGCCGACCUUCCCCAAACCUCGGCUCCCAACGAGCGGCCCCAGAAGCGGCCCGAGCCCCAGAAGCGGCCCCAGAAGAGCGGAAGCUUCAGGUCCUUGGCCAAGGCGCCACCAAUCUCGGCAACCGACAUACAUACCAGCAAUCUCAAUGCAAACGCGGUCAUCCUACAAGGCCCGUCCAAGUUGCCGCCGACGGUGGCCCCCUUGAAGUUGCCAGCGCGAAUCGCACGUCAUGAAGGCGAAGACAUCAGCCCCCAGAAGCUCCUCUUGGAAGCUUCUCCCCUUUCGCUCAGAAAGACAGGAUCCGAUGAGCCCUUGAAAUCCUUGAAGAAGCCCAAGGAGUGUGAAAAACGGUCGCUGGAGCCACUGGAUCCAUUGGUGGAGCCGAUGGACACGGUGAGAGAGCUGAUGCGGAUUGCUUCCACCUUCAAAGAGCCGGAGAUAGACUCGGUGGACUUCACCGCCCCUCGGAAGAAGCGGUCGUGGAAGCGCGGGCGCCUGGGCGGAUUGCGUGGGCUGAUUUCCGAUGGCCCGAGUAUCUCUGGAUUUUCGGAAACUGUUGAAUCGUUCGGAUCUCUUGGGUGUGCUGUUGAGUGGAUGCUGCCUCCUGUGCUCGCUCCAUCGUUAUCGCGAAAGGCUGGCAUCUUCAACUCCCCGGCCGACAUAGGUGCAAGACUGAAGACCCGAAACGGGCAAGGCAGAUCUCGUCAAUCUGCCGCUUCAAUUCCGAUUGACACAGGGACGUCUCUCCCGGCUUUGUGUUAG